AAAUUUAUGGUCAUGCGUGUAAAAAGUGAUAAAGAGUAUGCCUCCACUUUACAGAAUCUUUGUAAUCAGGUAGAUAAAGAAAGCACUUGUCAAUUGGAUUAUAUCAGCAAUGUAUCCAAGUCUUGGUUGCUCGUAGUACAACAAACAGAACAGCUGAGCAAAAUAAUGAAGACACACGCAGAAGAUCUUAAUUCUGGGCCUUUACAUAGGCUUACAAUGAUGAUCAAGGACAAACAGCAAGUGAAGAAGAGUUACAUCGGGGUUCAUCAACAAAUUGAAGCAGAGAUGUACAAGGUCACAAAGACAGAACUUGAGAAACUAAAAUCUAGCUAUAGACAACUAAUAAAAGAAGUAAAUUCUGCCAAAGAAAAGUAUAAAGAAGCCGUGGCUAAAGGAAAGGAGACUGAGAAAGCCAAAGAUCGAUGUGAUAAAGCCACUAUGAAGCUUCAUAUGUUGCAUAAUCAGUAUGUAUUGGCACUGAAAGGAGCACAGUUGUAUCAGCACCAAUAUUAUGACACUACGCUUCCUUUGUUACUUGAUUCACUACAGAAAAUGCAAGAAGAAAUGAUUAAAGCCCUAAAAGGAAUCUUGGAUGAGUAUAGCCAGAUCACCAGUCUUGUUACAGAAGAGAUUGUGAAUGUCCACAAAGAGAUCCAGACUUCGGUUGAACAGAUAGACCCUAAUUCUGAGUAUAACGACUUCAUAGAUACUCACAGAUCUUCAGAAGUUGUUGAACAAGAAAUAGAAUUUGAUACAUCCUUAUUAGAAGAAAAUGAAAACCUUCAAGCUAAUGAGAUCAUGUGGAAUAACCUAACAGCAGAAAGUUUACAAGUCAUGUAAGUUGUCUUUUUCAAAAAUCUCAUCCUUUGGAAAUGCUGUCAUAGUUCAUAUUAAAUGCUUAUUCAAUUCACUGCAUUGCUGUGUUCUCAUUUUUGAGGUCCAUUUUCUCAAAUCAUUAUUUUCAAGCUGUAAACUGUUAGUGAUUUCUGUUCUUAUGGUUCGCUUGCACAACAUACCCAGACCUUCUGAAUACUUGCCAGCACUUUCAAUAUAGUUUCACUUUCUCUGCAGUUAUUUUACACAGUGCCCCAAAUGCAUCAUUAAUCUUCCUUAGACAUUUAUUUACCUUCCCAAAACUGUUUCCACAUUUAGUACUCUAGGAAAAAGUACCAGAAUCCACUGGUGAAGCCAUUGAGUACAGUGAUGUCAUUAGUGACUUAUAUUAUCAUCCAGAGGAAUUUCACAAAUGUGGUAGUUCACUUGAUUUCUGUUUGCUUUUGUUUUCUAAAGGAAGUCCAUUAUUAGAAUUUAAAAUAUAUUAACUUGUUAAAGCAAGUAUACCUUUUGUAUUAUGUUUCAUGGGAACAUUAUUUACAGUGAUAAAAUGCAUAUUUACAUAUUUUGGUUAUUACAUAUUUAAAUGUUUUCAUUAAUUUUACCAGCUUUACCUUUAGUCAGUUGCCACUGGCAUUCAAUUCUUCUGCUGAGGUUAUUAUUCUUAGUGUAUUCUUAUUAUUUUAUCAACUUUAGCUUUUCCAUAAAAUAGCCCAUUGUAGUUGCUUCAAAGAUUAAAAUAUACAUACACAUACAGUUAAUAUUUCUUAUAGCAAUUUAAAACUGUUAAGUGAGAAUAAUGAUUGGUUUGUGGUUCUUUGGUGUCUCUUCUGUAUAUCCAUGCUUGACAUGCUUAUAAGCUAUAGAAGGCAUAACUAGUCCAAGUAAGAUCAGUGGUGAGUUGUGGUUUUUAACUUAUUUUCUGCUUAAUCAAAUUGUUUCUUGUAGAUUAUUCUGAAAACCAAGGUUAUAGGGAAUCCUCAUAGCAGUAAGAUAUUUGGAACACAAACAUUACGGUGUAUCUUCCAUAGAUUAUUCUAAUCCUUAUUUUUCCUCACCGUGAGAGAUUCUUUGGAUUUUUUUCAUUUAUUUUUCAAGGUCACUAACUAGCAUAUCUUUUCAUAAAUUUAUUCUUAAAUAGGUAUUGAAAUAAGUUUUCAAAUGUAAAUUUGUAACUUUCUUUGUUAAACUCCUCUUUCCUUGUACUCAAAGAGCUGCAUCUAUCAUGUCAAAUAAUCCUACAAUAGUUAAAACCCUUUCCUUCUUUAAGCAUGCUUCUAACAUAUUUAUUUAUUUAUUAAUUUAUUUACAUAUUUAUUACCAAACUGAGAUCAUCCCUGAGUAUUUAAACACUGUACAUGUAAAUCAACUUUAGCUCA